ACAUUGUUUGUCAGUGCCGGUUAAUCAGGCUAGAAGAAAAAUUAAUUGUCGUAGUAGUGGUUUGUCGUACGUUGUGGUCGCAUCUCAGCUCCAAAAGGUUGAUAUUGAAGAAAGUGCUGUAAGGUGUGAAAAUGCCGUCACAGACUUCAGGCGAUUUGCUUAUGGAAGCCAAAGAUUCGUCUAUCGAAUUUGGGAGGGUACUGGCUAAUCCUCCCCCAGGAGAAGAAAUUGUCAUAACCGGUCUGUCGGGCCAAUAUCCAGAUUCACGCAAUGUCCAUGAAUUCAGGGACAAUUUAUUUAAUAAAAUUGACAUGGUAUCGGACGACUCCAGAAGAUGGGAACCGAAUCAUCCAGAAAUUCCUCAGAGAGGCGGGAAACUCUUUGAUAUUGCAAAAUUUGAUGCUGGAUACUUCGGUUUUCAUCAUCGGCAAGCACAUUCUGCUGAUCCAAUGCUCAGACUGUUGCUGGAAACCGUAGUAUCAGCCAUAUUCGAUGCUGGGCUCAAUCCCUCUGAUCUGGAGGGUACCAAUACGGGGGUAUUUGUUGGUGUUUGUUUCAGUGAGAGUGAAAAAUAUUGGUUUGUUGAUAAACCGGAACCUCAGAGCUUUGCCCUAACCGGCUGUGAACGAUCCAUGAUGGCCAAUCGCAUCAGCUACUUCUUGAAGCUGAAAGGGCCAUCUUUUGUUUGUGAUACGGCCUGCAGUAGUUCACUGUAUGCUUUUGAGAACGCUUAUAAAGCUUUAAGAGAGGGGCUUUGUGAUCAAGCCAUCGUGGGCGGAGCCAAUCUCUGUUUGCAUCCGUUUGUUUCACUCCAAUUCGCCAGAUUGGGUGUGCUGAGCGCAGACGGUCGUUGUAAGGUGUUUGAUAAAGACGGUAAUGGAUAUGCUCGUUCUGAGGCAAUAUCCGCUAUAUUGCUGCAAAAAGCCAAGGAUUCUAACCGGAUUUACGCUACAGUUUUACACGCUAAGACUAAUUGCGAUGGAUAUAAGGACUCUGGAAUUACAUAUCCAUCGGGUGAUGCUCAAAUUAAACUGCUGCAGGAAUUUUACCAAGAAUGCGAACAGGUGAAGCCAUUCGAGUUAAGCUUCUUAGAAGCGCACGGAACAGGUACAAAAGUAGGGGAUCCGGAAGAGCUGAAAGCAAUGGAAGAUGUUUUCCUUCCUGGACGAACUACACCUCUAUUGAUUGGUUCUGUUAAAUCAAAUAUUGGUCACUCUGAGCCGGCAUCAGGAUUAUGCUCAAUUACAAAGGCAAUAAUUGCUGCCGAAACGGGAUUUAUUCCACCAAAUCUGUACUACGAGGUACCGAGGCCAGAGUGCAAAUCACUGGAACAAGGAAAGUUCAAAGUUGUUACAGAAAAGAUGUCAUUCAGGGAUAAUAAGGGUCUUAUAGGGAUAAAUAGUUUUGGAUUUGGUGGUGGUAACUGCCAUGUCCUAUUGAGACACCACACUAAAACAAAGGUUAACUCUAAUAAAGUCGACUCUAUUCCGCGACUUGUGUGCGUAAGCGGUAGAACUGAAGAAGCCGUAAGCUCGCUGUUGGACAGCGUGACUGAAAACAAGGUAGACGUGGAGUAUGUGAGGUUGUUGCAAAAUGUAUUCAGGAAGAACAUUCUCGGACACGAAUACAGAGGAUAUUCGCUGUUAAUGAACGAAAAGGAAAUAUCCAGGUCCAUAGAUUAUGUAUCGCCAAAGGUCGAUAAAUUAGUGGUUUUCUUCAGCGACGUCAGCAACAUGUUUACCAGAAAUAUUGAAGAGUUAUUGGCUAUAUUUACUGUUUCAGAUAUGGUUAAAAGAUUGCAAGAAAUUAUGGCGCAAAACUCCAUAAACCUCUCAGCGAUUCUGCUCAAUCCCCAGCAACGCACUUUGUUUGAAAAAAUCCUGUUCAACUUUGUUCUUCAAAUGAUACUGGGUGACCUGUUGAAAACAUUGGGAGUUCUGUCCAAAUCUACCAAAGUUAUUGGCGUAAAUCGUGGAUUCUCGUUGGGAGUUCUGAUUUCUGCAUAUUUUGCUGAAAACAUUACUCUGAAAGAGUGCGUGGAGUCUGCGAUUGCUAUAGCUAAUGCUGGCAAAGACAUUAACGCCAACUUUAGUUCCGAUCUUUCUAGUUUGAUUCUAGGGAGUAAAACUGUAGUGGUCAAUCAAUUGAAGGAAAAACUUGCCCGGAUAUUAAGCCAACCGAAACGCAAUGACAAAAUAAGAUCUGAAUCCAAUGGCCCCCAAUUUUCAGUUGAUUAUCUCAUGAAGUUUCUCAGAGAUCCCACCGUGCCUGAUGAUGUUCGUAAACACCUGGUUAAAGACGUUGCUAUUUAUGAAGUGGGCAAUGGAGAUGUUUUAGCAAUGGUGAAGAAACUCUUCAAUUACAAUGACAAAUUCCUCGUGAGCCAUGGAGAGGAUGUGAGAGGCUUCAUCACCUCAAUUGGCAGAUUGUUUGACUUGGGAGUGAAUCCCCAAAUUCAUAAGAUUUAUCCUCCGGUUGCGUUCCCUGUAAGCAGAGGAACCCCAAUGAUUUCUCCCAAGGUAAAAUGGAACCACAAGAGCAACUGGUGGGUCACUUCAUAUGAGAUGGAAAACGACUUGCGAAUGGGAGUUAAGAGUAUUAAAGUGGGACGCAGUGUUUCGGCUUUUGAGUACAUGGUUGGGCAUGUUAUCGAUGGUCGAAAUCUGUUUGCUGCCACCGGUUACCUUUACCUAGUUUGGGAAACUUUGGCGUCUAUUACCGGUCUUCUAAUAGAAGAAAUGCCCAUUAUUUUUGAAAAUUGCAAAUUUAAGAGAGCCUGCACUAUGCCAGCGGAUAAUAUCAAGCUAGAGUUGAUUGUAAUGAUUCAACGUGGGAGCGGAAAUUUCGAAAUUAUUGAAGGUGAUGUGCCAGUGGUUACUGGAACUGCUAAAUUAGAAGCCAAAGGUACAGUAAUGGCAAACAUUCCAUUUCCAACCGGAGUAUCCGAACACGUAGCUCCACAUAUUGUCUCAAAAGAUGUCUACAAAGAGCUAAGACUGCGAGGAUACAACUACAAGGGUAAAUUUCGGUCAAUUAAGUCGUGCGAUAUCAGCGCCCAAACUGGAAAAAUUAGUUGGGAUGGAAAUUGGGUAUGCUUCAUCGACAAUAUGCUACAGCUGAAAAUCCUCCAAGAAGAUACCCGAAUGCUUUAUGUACCAACCGGAAUUGAACGAAUUAUAAUCGACCCUAAAAGGCACCUGGAAUUUGCAAAGAAAAUCAAUGAGGAGCAUCCAGAUUUGCCUGUUAUCGUCUCGCCGACAACAGGAAUUAUUAGAUGUGGAGGAAUCGAAAUCAAAGGCCUAAAUGCCAGUUCUAUAGCCCGACGAAAAUAUCUUGCUACCCCGGUGCUAGAGAAGUACGAAUUUGUUCCCAACGUAGCCAAACUGACAACAGGACAGGCUGUACGAGUUAAUAUGCAGAUUUUACUAGCAAAUCUGUAUAGCAUUAAAAUCAAGGCUGUAGAGUUAGUCGAUGAUGCGACUCCCCCAGGACUUUCACCUUUAGGUGAACUAGUCCAUGAUGUUCUUGCGGAUCAACCUCUGAUUCAACCAGACAUUAUUAUUCUAAGUAAAACUGAAUUGGAUGUGAAGAAUGUAAAAGUGGAGGACAAACGCCUGUUAACAGAGUUAGACUGCAGUCUUGUAGUUGGAUCACAAAUUUUGCAACGCAGUAACAUCCUGCAAUUAGCAUUUGGAUCCACCAAAGAAAAUGGCUUUAUUCUAUCACGAGAGCCUCUGGACUUUGAUGUUUCACCAGCCAAUCAUCCCUCUUUGAGCAUAGUAACAGUUUUCGAAACAGCGGACGAGAAGCUGGUGUUCUUUAAGAAGAAAACCGAGUUUGUUCCUCCGAAAGUAGUGAAUGUUUCUACGAAAAACAGACAGUUCACAUGGUUGCCUGAACUGCAAAAAGCAGUGGAAACAGACGGAAAUGUUGUCGUUUAUGCUCAAAACGAACCAAUGAAUGGAAUUCUUGGGCUAGUGGCUUGCAUUAGACGAGAACUAGGCGGUCAAAACGUCAGGUUGGUUUUUCUUCCGGAAAACGGGCCCGAUUUUAGUGCGAAUUUGCCAUUCUAUAAAGAGCAGCUAGAAAAGAAUCUGGUGGAAAAUAUUUACAAAAAUGGACAAUGGGGAACCUACAGGCAUUUACUGCUGGAACAAGUCGACGCUUUGAAUGUGGAACAUUGCUACUUAAAUUCACUUGUGAGAGGCGACUUGUCUUCGUUGUCAUGGAUCGGAGGGCCUCUAACAUCUAAUUGUUCGUUAGAUCCCGAGCAUACUUUAGUUUCAGUGUAUUAUGCGUCUCUAAACUUUAGAGAUGUGAUGACGGCCUCUGGCCGUAUUAACGUCGACGCUAUAACACGCGAUAGAAGAGAACAGGAGUGCGUACAAGGAUUUGAAUUUUCUGGUCGCACUCAAAGCGGUCAGAGAGUUUUUGGAAUGGUUACGAACGGCGCCUGUUCAACAUUGAUAGAGGCUGACACCUACAUGAUCUCUCCCAUUCCAGACGCCUGGACAUUGGAGGAAGCAGCAACGAUUCCCGUCGUUUAUGGAACCUGUUUCUUUGCCCUCAUCAAAAAAGGAAAAAUGAAGCGAGGCGAUACAGUUUUGAUUCAUUCGGGAACUGGAGGUAUUGGACAAGCAGCGAUUCAUUUAGCUCUUUAUUUUGGGUGCACCGUCUAUACGACUGUUGGAACGCAAGAAAAGAGAGAUUUUUUGAAGAAAACAUAUCCACAAUUAACCGACAAAAAUAUUGCAUAUUCGCGAGAUACGAGUUUUGAGAAACACAUAAUGGCAAUGACGGGAGGACGAGGAGUCGACGUUGUGCUGAAUUCCUUGGCGGAAGAAAAGCUUCUUGCAUCUGUCCGAUGUCUAGCUAAAGGAGGACGCUUUGUUGAAAUAGGAAAAUUCGAUCUUGCCAGCAACAACGAACUGAAUUUGCUGCUGAUCAGCAAAGAUGCCAGUUUUCACGGUUUGAUGUUAGAUUCCCUAUUCAAAGAGACUCCGGUGGUCAAACACGAACUGUUGAACUUCAUCUUCCAAGGUAUGGAGAAAGGGGCGAUUCGUCCAAUCAACCGAACCAUUUUCGGAAUGAAUCAAGCCGAGGCAGCUUUCCGCUAUAUGGGCACGGGAAAACACAUCGGUAAAGUUCUCAUAGAAAUCAGAAAAGAGGAGCAGGAGCCAAUCGUAGAACCUUCCCAUUUAACCUUCCCAGGACUCCCCAGGUAUUUCUGCGAUAGCAGUAAGUCCUAUAUAAUUUGCGGAGGCCUUGGGGGAUUUGGUUUAGAACUGGCUGAUUGGCUAACUUUGAGAGGCUGCAGAAAAUUGAUUUUGACAUCGAGAACGGGAGUCAGAACUGGAUACCAGGCAUACAGAAUAUCAAUAUGGCAAUCAUACGGAUGUACAGUACAAGUAGCCACAGAUGAUAUUACAACAUACGAUGGCUGUUUGAAUCUUAUUACGACGGCAAACCAGUUGGGCCCUGUUCAUGCUAUUUUCAAUCUUGCUGUAGUUUUGAAAGACUCCAUUUUAUCGAACCAAAGCGAAGAGUCAUUCAAAGUGUCUUUUUCACCGAAGGCGUAUGCAACUGAGUAUUUAGAUGGCAUUUCCAGAAAGCAUUGCCCGGAACUAAGAGACUUUGUCAUAUUUUCGUCUGUAUCUUGCGGUCGAGGAAAUGCUGGCCAGUCCAAUUAUGGCAUGGCAAACUCUGUGAUGGAACGAAUAUGUGAGCAGCGAAGAAGCGACGGUUUUCCAGCUUUAGCAAUUGAAUGGGGCGCAAUUGCAGAUGUGGGUCUAGUUGCCGAAAUGCAAAAUGAGGCAAUGGAAAUUGAAAUCGGAGGUACCUUGCAGCAGCGCAUCACAAGUUGCUUGCAGGUAAUGGAUAUUUUCCUCAAGCAGAAAGAAGCUGCAGUCGUGUCCAGUAUUGUAGUUGCGGAAAAGAAAAGUGGGACUGGUGGAGCUGAUAAUAUUGUCGAUGCUGUUGCAAAUAUUUUGGGUGUUAAAGAUUUGAAAUCCGUACCUCAUCAUGCAACUCUGGCGGAAGUAGGAAUGGAUUCGAUGACUGCAGUAGAAAUUAAGCAGACAUUAGAACGGGAGUACGAAGUAUUUUUGACUGCCACCGAUAUCAAAAGCAUGACUUUCGCAAAAUUAGUUGAAAUACAAGCUGAACGUGAUGCAACCGCACAGAAUGGUAUUAAAAAAGAGCCCGUUUUAAGCGGAAUGGAUAUGAUUCUACGGUAUAUGGGAGAUGGUUCAACAGCAGACAUUCCAGUUGUACCAUUAGAAGGAAAGCGCACAAACACUCAACCCCCAUCCACAAUUUUGCUGCUUCCUGGUAUUGAAGGACUUAUAACGAUUUUAGAGCCUCUUUACCGAAACUUAGAGGGCGAUUUAGUGGGACUCCAAUUUCCGACCAAUAAUCAGAAAGACAGCGUAGAAGAAAUGGCUGCGACGUACUUGCCAACAGUGGAGGGAAAGCUAUCAAAAUCAAAACCAUUCAAUAUAAUUGCAUACUCCUUUGGAGGAAUGGUCGCUUUGGAACUAGUGGCAUUAUUGGAAGAGAAAGGUUAUCGAGGAACUUUACUUCUCAUAGAUUCCAGUCCGGAUUAUCUCAAUAGUUUGGCUACAAUCCUAGAAGUGGACUCAGAUGAUAAAUUGCAGAUCAGUUUGUUAAUCCGCAUGAUGUCCUUACGAAUUUCCUACGAUAUUAUUUCCAAACAUGUUGCAUCACUGUUCAAACUCAAUACAUUUGAGGAACGCAUAGACUUGUGUCAGCAAAUCACAGCAGCAACUACGGACCAAAGUACUAAAAUAGAUCAAAAUGAUAAAUACCAGCGAGCAAUGGCGAUUUGCCUAUACAAAAGGAUAAAAGCCAUUGUUAAAUCUGGAUCUGAUAUAAAUCUCGAGUCGAGAGUGAUUUUGUUCAAGCCAACUCUCGUCAGCAUUAAACUUCCGGAAGAGGAUUACGGACUGUCCAAGUAUUGCAACAAACCUGUGGAAGUUCGAGUGUUUGAUGGCAACCAUGUUUCAAUCUUAGAUAAUGUUGAGGUAGCCAAUGCCAUCAAUGAACUGUUUGGUGUCAGUGAUAAAGACGUGGAAGGAAAGGGCGAAUUGCUGAUUAAUGUGGAUAAAGUACACAAAGAAAUUCCCACCAAGCUGUAGGAAUAUGGCAAAAAUUUCAGCACAUUUGCAAUUUAAUAUUAGUUGUUUUUGGUAAUUGAGAAAAUAUAUCUGCAAAAUCAUGCGUUGCAUUCUAAA